UGCGCUUCAUGCAAUAUCAUCCACUGCCGCUGUCCAUAGCUUGCAAUCGGUUCGGAUUGGACCAACAACCAGGCAACGCGCUUGCGUUUUAGCAUCCAGGCAAAUAGGCGUACAUACAUAUGGAUAAGGCGGACAUGUGAAGAAUGAAGCGAUGCAAUAGCAGGGCCUGAGCUGUAAUAAUGGACCUUGCGUCGUUUCGCACGAUUUGCUUGCUUUCCUGCGCGCGAGUGCGGCGUGCAGACAACGCAAGUUCACAACUCGCACGAAUGCAUGAAUGUAUGUGUGUAGGUAUAUUAUACAUUAUGUAUGUACAUGGACGCUAUACACACGUCCUGUUACGGAGCCGAUGUACCCUUCGAUGCAAUAACACGCAUUGUAUACCCUCCCCUCCUUCCCACCCAUCGGUCUUGCUCGCCAUCCAAUCCAUAGCCACCUUACGAGGCAACCCAAAUCGAGAAAUCCGCCAUGGAAAGCAAGAAAAAAAAAAUGCCCGUCUUUCCCAAAGAAGACCCCAUCGCGAGCCGUAGAAAACAUUGACCCGCGUUACGUACCGUACCGUGCCGUACCAUAGCUUA